AAUACGUUCCGAUUUUGAACAAUGUUUUUCGUAUUCCGAACGGCGAAGCGGCUGACGACGCACGUUCUGUUUUUGAAUUUUUAUUUUUUGUUCGUUCCGUUUCACAUAAGUGCUGUGACUUAGUGAAGUGCAUUCCUUGCGAGGAUAGUUUACGUGUAACCCAGCCCCGGCAUGCUGGUGAGCCAUGGCGGACAGUCAUGAGGGGCCCGUCACCGUCGACGACCUGCCGAUCACGUUCCAGGUAAAAUACUUGGGCCAGAGCGACGCGCGCGGGCUGUGGGGCAUCAAGCACACGCGGAAACCUGUGGACCUCAUGGUCGCCGCCGCUAAGGCACUCCCACCAGGUCAGAUCCUCCCAAUAGUGAAACUGACCAUCACCGUGGAUGGAGUCCACCUGGAGACGGUGCAGCAGGGUCCGAGGAGCGAGUUCGAGCAGAUGGCCGUGUUCUUCAGCAUCGAGUCCAUCUCGUACGGCGUCCAGGACCUCGUCUACACCAGGGUCUUCUCCAUGAUCAUAGUUAAGGACAACGCUGACGUCAAGGGACUGAACCCUUUUGAAUGUCACGCGUUCGUUUGUGAAUCCAGGAACUCAGCGAGACGGCUGACGUACUCGCUAGCGGCCGCCUUCCAGGACUACUCCAGGCGGGUCAAAGAGAUGCAGGCAGCACCAGAAAUCGAGGAGAAACCCUCAGCGCUGAAGAAGCGGUUCGCCAUCGACCUGCGCACCCCCGAGGAGAUAGAGGCUGACCUCGAGACUGAGGCGUGACCCCCCGGCACCCCCACACAUCCCCAGGGGGCGUUUGACCCCCCAGACCAAUAACCAAAAACUUUACAUUCCUAUAUUAUAGGUAUAAUCAGAGUACCUAAUGUAAAAACAUAAUAAUUGAAACUAAGAAUACGCCUGUAAGCUAUGGAAAUUAAAGCUACAUAUUUAAACAUAAAACUAAGUGAUUGGUUUCGUACAGUUGAUAUUAACCAAAUUCAAUUAGUUCUUUAUAAUUAAAAAUUAAAUUAUGUUAAGUUUUAAGGCCAAGUACAAUAGAAAUACAUUCCAACAAUAAUUAUAAUUAAUUUGUAUUUAAAUCGUGCUCUUACUAGGCCCACACCAGAAGAAAUGUUUUUAAGGUAUUUUAAGGUUAUAGUAUCGUAAAGGUAUACAAAAAAAACAUAGGUCGAAAAUGUCAAAAUCAUUAAAUUGUGAUCACUUUUCAUAGUUAACAAUGUACCUUUUUGUGGUGAUGAUACCAAAGUGGUGACUAUACAUUACGGUUAUGUCUAGUGUGUAAGUGUAGAUAGUGUAUAUAAUUAAUAUAUUUUUGUUUU